AUGGAACAUUACACAUAUAUAGGAUGUGAGAUUUCUGAAGUGCCUUUAUCUGAUGCUGCUCAGAGGAUUAUGUCAGCUUUACAGUCUGUUCCUAUAGGAACUCAGACUAGCAGAAAAAAUAACCAGAGUAUAGAGAAGACUGAGGAAAAUAAGCUAGGUGAUAAGGAUUCACAUCUGAAAAAUGAACAGGAAAUUAAUGAUUGCACAAUUGCCUUAUUAAAAUCAUCUGCCAGCCCUGCAAGAAAUACUGCUGGUCAGAAAGUCAGGACAGUACAUACCAAUGAAAUGCUUUCUUAUCAAGCUACCAAAAUACUGAGCUAUUACCAGGAUUUAGACUUGCCUAAAUGGGGAUAUGGAGAAAAAAAUCUUUCAGUAGAAGAAAAAAAACUGAAGGAUGGUGAAAAGAAUGUAGCUACUCCCCUUAAAAGAAAGCAAGAUGUACCUACAUGUCAUUUGGAGAAAAAAAGAUUACCUGUGAAGAACUAUGCUUCACAUGAAAGAAGAGAUAACUGGACUUCCAGAGAAGCAGAGUUUUCUGAAAAUUAUCCUUGUGAUAUCAGGAGUUUGGGAUAUGAAGAAAGAAGAGAACUGCUUGCAAAUAUAGAGCAGGCAGUGGCUUUUGUAACUACUAUGAUAUUUCAAGAUGGUUCUUCACAGCUCAGUUCAGAGCAGGUCUUAACUUCAUCAGUAAAAGGAAUUGUUAUAUUAGUGAAGAAUCAGACAGAUCGCCUUUGUUCUCCCAGUUACUCUUCAAGUGACCGUACUUGGAAUGCUGCUGAUGGAAGUGACAAAUUAAUUUAUUUAAAAACUGAAUGGUCACCUCUUUGGGAACAAGAAGCACAGGCUCAUAAGAAAUUUGCUUGGCGAGUGUUGUUUCAAAUGCUGCGUUGCAAAGGUCCAGUUAUUUGCUUCAAUGCAAAAGAUUUUCUGAGGACAGUACUUCAAAUUUAUGGUAAUGAAAUAAACUGGAAACAAGUUGCUGAUAGCGUCGUGUUAGAUCCAAGGAUUGCAGCAUGGCUGAUAAACCCCAGCGACACAGUUCCCUCUUUUGAAUGUUUGACGCAGAAGUAUUUUGAAAAAUCCUUUUCUAUGGAAACAGAAAAUACAGAUACAGGCACUUUGAGAAAUGCAUCGUACCAAAACUUAGGUGUAAACUUGGAGAAGCUUUAUAAAGUAAUGGCAGACCUUUCUCAUGACUUACAGGUUCAAGGUUUGUGGAAAUUAUUUUGCACAUUAGAGCUUCCACUGAUCAAAAUUCUGGCAGUGAUGGAAACACACACAAUACAUGUGAACAAACAAGAACUGAAAAAAACAUCAGAGAUUCUCGGGUUGAGACUCAAAGAGCUUGAACAGGAAGCCCAUCAAAUUGCUGGAGAACGAUUCCUUUUGACCAGUAGUAGUCAACUCAGAGAGGUACUAUUUGAAAAGUUAAAACUGCAUACACUGUGUGAGAAAAUUCCAAGAACUGAAAGGCAACAAGUGGCAUCCACCUCAGAAGUCGUGCUGAGUAAGUUGCAAGAUCUUCAUCCUUUGCCUAAGAUAAUGUUAGAAUACCGGCAGGUUCGCAAGAUAAAAUCAACCUAUGUGGACGGACUACGAACAUGUAUGAGAAAGGGAUUUAUUUCCUCUACAUGGAAUCAGACAGGAACUGUGACUGGCAGACUUUCAUCUAAACAUCCAAACAUUCAAGGUAUCUCUAAACAUCCAGUGAGAAUUAUAAAGAAACAGUAUAUAAAAGGAAAAGAAGAGGAAAUAGUAACCAUUUCCCCAAGAGCAUUAUUUGUUUCAAAGAAAGGAUAUACGUUUUUAGCAGCAGAUUUUUCCCAUAUUGAAUUAAGGAUCCUUGCUGACUUAUCAUCUGAACCAGAGCUUCUGAAACUGUUCCAAGAACCUGAAACCACUGAUAUAUUUACCACACUGGCUUCUCAGUGGAAGGGGAUUCCAAGUGAAGAAGUGAAACAAGCUGAUAGAGAGCAAGCAAAGCGUAUAGUUUACUCAGUGGUUUAUGGAGCAGGUAAAGAACGUCUUGCUGAAUGCCUGGGAAUUACUCCUCUUCAAGCCAGUCACUUUAUAGAGAGUUUUAUGCAAAAAUACAAGAAAGUAAAUGAAUUUACAAAGAAAACCAUUGAACAGUGCCGAAAGAAAGGUUAUGUGAUUUCCAUUAUGGGGCGUAAAAGACCACUGGUUAAUAUCAAUGCGCAGGAUUAUAAGCUACGCACUCAAGCAGAGAGGCAGGCUGUCAAUUUUGUUGUUCAAGGAUCUGCAGCUGAUCUUUGUAAAAUGGCUAUGGUUGAAAUUUUUACCUCUGUUGUCACUUCUCCGACUUUAACAGCCAGGUUAAUUGCUCAGAUUCAUGAUGAGUUGUUGUUUGAAGUAGAAGAUUCUCAAAUCCAGGAAUUUUCAGCAUUGGUAAAAAGAACAAUGGAAUCCCUGCAGCAAACUACAGCCUUGGAAGUGCCACUAAAGGUUCCCUUGAAAGUGAUUCUUACCACUGGGAAAUCAUGGGGGUGUAUGACAGAAUUGCAGGAGAUGUAAAGCAGUC